AUGCAGAUCCAAGAUUCCGCAGAAAAGUCAUCAGCGACGGCAGAACAUUUGGAGAUCUGCGAUAAAGGGGGAUCCUUGUUACCAUCAACAGGGGUCUCAUAUGAACAAGCGGAAGUGGACAGAAUUGUACGCAAAGUCGAUAUUCGGCUUUGUGUUGUUCUUGCAAUCAUGUACACUAUCUGCCAAAUUGACCGAACCAACUUGGCCAAUGCGUAUGUCUGUUCCACAUCACAACACAGGACUCAUUAUUCCACUAUGAUUGUUGUCUUCUUCCCUUUCUAUACGAUAUUUCAGCCUCUCAUGACAGUUGUUGCCCGGAAGAUUGGGCCGAGGGUAUUCCUGAGUGCAAUUACAAUUGCAUGGGGCAUUAUCAUGAUUGGAUUCGGUCUUGUGCACACCUGGCAGCCGUAUAUUGGACUGCGAGCCGCGCUAGGAUUUCUUGAAGCCGGAUUCUUCCCGACUUGCAUCUUCCUCAUCAGCACAUGGUACACAAGACAUGAAACGGCAAAACGAAUUGCGAUGUUCUACCUUCUUGGUAGCGCGCUGAGUGGAUUCGGAGGGAUUAUCGCUUAUGGACUACAAAACAUGCAUGGCCUCGCUGGAAUGGCCGGCUGGCGGUGGAUUUUCAUUGUAGAGGGUAUCUUGACCGUGGUUAUCGGACUAAUUGGGUGGCUUUUUAUCGUCGGGUUUCCUGAGGAUGCGCAACAAACACGAUGGUUUUUGACCGACGGAGAAAUCGAUAUCAUGAUGGACCGGGUUGAGAAAGACCGUGGUGAUUCUCAUGUCACACCAUUUAUUCUUAAGACGUAUCUAAGUCAUGCUCUGGAGUGGAAAAGCUGGAUGUUCGCUCUGAAUUUCUGCAUGACAACAGUGGUUAACUACUCCGCUGUAUAUUUCUUACCAAUCAUUUUGAACGAAGGACUUGGAUUUUCCCAGGCUGCGGCGCAAAGUCUGAGUGCCCCUUGUUAUAUCUUUGGGAGCAUUCUCGGGUUUGCAGAGAGUUGGCUGUCUGAUAAGUACAAAGCAAGGGGCAUAGUCAUUGUUAUCAAUGCGAUUUUGCAAAUCGUUGGCAUAUCUGUAUUGGGCUUUGCAAAACAGAGCCCUGUUCGUUAUUUUGGGGCAUUCAUCCUUGUCGGAAGCGGUAGUGCAAACAUUCCAGCCUCUCUGACCUACCAAUCCAACAAUAUAGUUGGCCAAUGGCGGCGAGCCUUUGGGUCCGCCCUGGUCAUUGGAGCUGGUGGCGUAGGAGGAGUAGUUGGAAGUCUUGUCUUUCGCAACCAAGACAAGCCAACCUAUAGACCUGGUCUUUAUACUUGCUUUAUAGCAGCCUCGAUUACAGUGAUAUCUGUUCUCAUCACCUCAAUCGCUAUGAGGCGAGCAAACAAACGACAGAAGCGAGGUGGCAUUACUAUCAUGGAUACACCUACUUUCCGUUAUACUUUAUAA